CAUGAAGGUCAGCUGCUAGAAUUCAGACAGGUGGAUCAUGAAAAUUGGGUGAUUACAACAAACAGUGCUGGAUGGUGCAGACUAUCACUUGUUGGUCAUGGAGGUUGUCAGCUUGAUGGAUUUGAGUUUUCUGACAAGAGAAGAGCAGGCAAUCAUUAAAAAUGUGUUGAAAAGAGAUACAAACUUGAAGAAAUGUGAUGAGAAAAGAAUAAGGAAGAUAAGAAAAAGGUGUCUGGAUAAAAAAUGCUUGAAACUGCAAACUGGUGAAUGGUUUGAAGACUUAAAGGCACAUCGCUUUUUGGAUUUUUCCAGUGCAGCAGAUCUCCUAAAGUGUGUUUUUAAACAGAACACCCAUUCUGAAUCACCAUCAAGAAAAAUGUCAUGUUUAUCAAAAAUCAAGAACCUGAAAUUAUCAGAAAUUAUAUUUUCAAACACCACAGACACUCUGGAAUUGAAAAGAGGGUGUCCUACUGAAGUUGAGAAAAACAUUGAUGUAAAAGAUGAAGGUGCAACAUCUCCUAGUCCAGAUGAAGAGAUGAGCGUAACACAGAUUCUUAAAGAUUUGGAGUUUAUUCUAGAUCUUGAAAUACAAAAUAUCAACAGUAGUGGAGAAAUUACGGCUAUAAAUGGUUUCAGCCCAGAGAAUUUAAUGGUUGACAAGAAGCUGCCUGUAGAUUACAGCUCACAUCAAGUCUGGCAUUACCCAGCACCACCAAAUUUAGAUAUCAUCAAAAAGAAUGUCACUUUGACUUCCUCAUUAAUCAACCCCUCAUCAGAUACUGAGACUGAUAAAUUUGGGAUUCAUCCAGGUCUCCAGAGUGUGGAAGUAUUACAGGAAAAUUUAUCUCCAAUAAUGAAUAUUAACAAUGAUGCAGGAACAAUUUUAGCAGCAAAUUGGUAUGAUUGUCAUAACGAAGAAAGCAUACAGUAUGCUUAUCCUUGUCAUAUGCAAAUAUCCCAGGCUUUAGACCAUGGUUCGACUUUUAUAUCCUCUAGUGAGUUAGACAAACCAUUUUCCUCAUCUCCCUGUUUGUCCUCACAAUUUCUUUUUCCCGAAAAUUGCUUCAGAUGUGAUUUUGAGAUGUCUAGUGAGAAAAAUUGUAAAUUAGAGCAAUAUCAGCCAUCAAGAGAUGAAGAAUUUUCAUGUGAAACAUCAUUGGAAACAGAGAGCACCAUAGUAGAGUCCACAAUUUUAGAGGUCAACUAGCCACUGAUAAUAGACCAUUUGCUACAUAUUUUGUGUCUUUUCAAUCUUAUGUAAUGUAGAUGUUGACCAACAGAAUGUUUUUUUCUUUGCCCCUGUAAGAUAUUAGUUCUUUAACUUCAUUUACUUGUGCUCUUUCCUAGGAUAGAUUUGCAGACCAGUUUCCAAGUCCAUAGUACUGUUUCAACUGUCCAAUCAUUGUCAGUGUUAAAUAUAUUAAUGGGAAAUUGUGUGUAAACUUCCAGGGCAAAAACAACAUACUGUAUGCCCAAAACCACAUAUAUUUAUAUUCUAACUAUGAAAAAGUUAAACAAAAGCAUUUUGAAGAGCUAUUUGGACAUCCAUUUGGCAAUUAUACCAAUCAAUUAAAGUCUACAAUGAAUGGGCUAGACAUAAGGUUAUAAAAAAGCAGCUGAAUGUGAUACACAAUUUCUUUCAAUUUUUAAAGGAGCACUGUUAAAUAUUAAGUGAAGGAAGCACCUUGGAGUAUUUGCUGUUAUAUACUAAAACUGUUCCAUUUGUUUGCUUGUUUGUUUAUUUUCAUUUACUUAUUUUUUAACAGCUGAAAGUUUAUCCUACACAUUAGCAUCUCUUCUGGAGCCAGUGAAUGUGUUUUUGGAAGUUAAUGUUUAUUAUUUGGUCAUUCUUUAUUGAAAUGUUAAGGUUUUACCACACACUAAAUACAAUUUUAACUGUGAAUUCUACAGUUGUUUUUUGAAAAUGCAAAUACAAAAAAAAUAUGUGCACUUAUUCAUUUGUUAAUUGUUAACUGUUUAUGUUCAGAUUUAAUGUAUCUAUCACUGAAAGCUAAAAUCUAAGAAUCCUGCACAACUGAAGAUGUCAAGUUUCAAUCCUUGUUUUAGAUCUGAAACCUAGAUUAUAAAAAAAGUACAAAUGUUUGUUAUAUGUUUGUAAAUGUUGUAAAAUAAAAAAAAUAACUUAUCCUACCUGAUUAUAUGUAAUUAAUUGUACACAGGGACUAUGAUAAAACAAAAAGUAUAUCUUGUGUAUGGAAGUUUCCUUAACCAAAUAAAUUUUUGGUAGAUGAACAGCAA